GGACAAUGUGACGAGCGAUGAAUGAGAGUAAAGUGGUGGUGAAAGAUCUGUGGAAUGGGGAGCCAGGGACACUGGCUGCUAGACCUCGUUGGGUGGUCAGCACCUUGGCCAGUGUCCUCAUCUUCACCAUCCUGGUGGACAUCCUGGGCAAUUUAUUGGUGGUCGUGUCCGUCUUCAGGAACAAGAAGCUUCGGAAAUCAGGUAAUAUUUUUGUGGUGAGCCUGGCGAUUGCGGACCUCGUGGUAGCGAUCUACCCUUACCCUCUGGUGCUGAUCGCAAUAUUUCACAAUGGAUGGAACCUGGGCUACAUCCACUGUCAGAUCAGUGGCUUCCUUAUGGGGCUUAGCGUCAUGGGCUCCAUCUUUAACAUCACCGCCAUCGCCGUCAACAGGUACUGCUGCAUCUGCCACAGUUACACGUACGACAAGAUCUUCAGCAACAAGAACACCCUGUGCUACGUGGUGUUGGUCUGGGCGUUGACCUGCCUGGCCAUUGUCCCCAAUUUCUUCGUGGAGUCCCUCCAGUAUGACCCACGUGUGUAUUCCUGUACCUUUGCCCAGUCGGCCAACUCCCUCUACACUGUCAUCGUGGUGGUCAUUCACUUCAUCCUGCCGAUCAGCACCGUCUCUUAUUGCUACCUGAGGAUCUGGAUCCUGGUCAUCCAGGUCAGGAGACGCGUCAAGCCUGACAACGGGCCAAAGAUCAACCCCCACGACUUCAGGAACUUCCUCACCAUGUUUGUCGUGUUCGUCUUGUUCGCUGUGUGCUGGGCUCCGCUGAACUUUAUUGGCCUAGCUGUGGCUAUCCACCCACACCUAGCAGCCCUGAUACCUGAGUGGUUGUUCAUCGCCAGCUACUUCAUGGCCUAUUUCAACAGCUCCCUCAACGCUAUCGUGUACGGGGUCUUGAACCACAACUUCCGCAGGGAAUACAAACGUAUAAUAAUGGCCAUCGUCAAACUGCCCUGUUAGAAGAACUUCAACGCAACCUUGCAGAUACUUGGCUCGAUGGGCAACCUUGCCCUCGAGAACGUUGAUGGACUCGGAAGAAGAGGACAGGGCUUCAAACUCUCCACCUCGUCUCCCCAUCAUUCGUUUGGUUCGGUUGGUUUGUGGCCGGCAGAUGUCUUUUAUUCAUCCAUUUAUCAUUGAAUACAAUACCAAAUUCGUCUAGCACCUUUCACGUCGGGAAUGUGAAUGAGUCCCAACACAAAAGGCAGAAAACCUCUAGCACAUUAGCAACUGGAGGCCAUUCAGCCCAUCAACCCUCUUCACCAACAACAAC